AUGGAGCCGAGAGUCGUGAAGCCGCCGGGGCAAGAUCUGGUGGUGGAGCGCCUCAAAAGCCGCUACGGCCUGGUGGGCGGCUGCCUUAGCGAGGUGAGGCUCGGCCCUGCCAAGUUCGCGGGUAGCCGGAUCUGCAGGUUGGAGAGGGCGCGAGGCGGAACCUCUGGCGGCGGCGUGCGGGGAGCGGGCUCCCGGCGGGCACGCGCUUCGGAGGAUCGAUGCGCGUCACCGCGGGAACGCGCGCAGGCAUACCCCGCGAAGACUUGGCCGGGGCGCCGGCGACAGGACGUGGCGGAGCGGCGGCGGCGGCGGCCUCCCCGCACCCCAGAGGAUUUGGACAUCUUCUCCUGCGGAGAUAAAGUCGGUCCGUCGUUGAGAUGUUUCUCUGACGAGAGGAGGCGGCACCCCGCGUCCCCCCGCGGUGUCCUCACGGUGAACUGGCAAGAUGAUGAACUGGAUUCUUUUCAAGAUUUGAAAGAACCAGAAACAGAAGAAGAGUUCACUGGCAGUGACUCUCGAGUUAGUACCUCCAAAAUAAACAGGCAGUCCUUUAAAGAGACAGGCAAAGCCAAUGCCUGGCAAGCUAAUGUGGCCUCACGUUCAAGGAGCUGGGCUGACUGUUGUAGUGAUGGCAGCGACUCCCCUUCCAAGCAUGUUAGCUCCCCUGCGUCCAGGGCCCCACGGAAGCAAGGCCUGCAGCCCCGUCAGGUCAGCCAGAUCUACGACGAGCUGCUCCAGAUUCACCAGAAGCUGCAGUGUGAGACCGCAGCCCAGCAGGAAUUCGCUGAGGAGCUUCAGAAGCGAGAACGUUUUCUGGUCGAGAGGGAAGAGCUGCUCUUCAGACAUGAAGGUGCCUUGAGUGAAGUGAAAGACGUCAGAGAAGAGGUCCUCAUGCGGUUCCAGAUCAUGAAGGAGCAACAUGAUGCGGAAGUUGAGCACUUAACUGAAGUUCUUAAAGAGAGAAAUAAGGAAAGCAAAAGGCUGAGGUCUUCCUUUGAUGCAUUGAAAGGAUUGAAUGAUAGCUUAAAGAAACAGUUGAAUGAAGUGAGUGAAGAAAACAGGAAGUUGGAAGUUCAGGCCAAAAGAGUUCAAGCCCGCUUAGACAAUCUACAGAGGAAGUAUGAGUUCAUGACAAUACAGAGACUGAAGGGCAAUCCCCAGGCCACUCAUGAAGCAAAAAGUUUAAAGCAGGAAAAAGUACCAGCUUCAAAACCUUGUAAGGUAUCACUUAAUGGACAAGUUUAUGAACUUUUAACUAUCUUCAUGGACUGGAUUUCAGAUCAUCACCUUAGCAAAUUGAAAAAUGAGGAAUCUGGAAUGGAUGGUGAAAAGCCACUACCCACAUUUGCUUCUCAGAGAAGUGAUAUUCAGGAGAAGUGUGUGAAGCUUUUGCCUCUGAUGACAGAGCAGCUGCAGUGGUUGCCCUUUGUGAAUGCCAGGCUUCACGAGCCUUUUGUGAAGUUUAUCUACUGGUCUCUAAGGCAGCUCGAUGCCGGGACUCAGCACUCUACCAUGACAACCACACUGAGGAGGUUGGGUGAAGACAUAUUCAGAGGAGUGGUAACGAAGGGUAUUCAGGACGUGGCCUUAGAGCACUCAGUGGAGAGUCGACCAAGGACAGCUGCCUUCUUCAAGAGCACCAGCUUGCCCCUGAGAUUCGUGUCCACUUUAAUCGUCCUCAAAACAGUCACUCAAGCUGACUUCCUGGCACAGGCAUUCGACUCGCUGUGUCUGGACCUGCAGGCGGACGAGGGGAAGAGCCUGUUCCUGCAGCUGCAGGCGUUGCCAGUGGUGCUGAGCCACCUGAAGCUCUCCAGCCGGGGGCUGCUGCCCAGCGUCAUGGACAGCCUGCUGCAGAUGACCGUGGAAUCCAAGACAAAGCCAUCUGAGUGUCUGACAGACGAAGCCACCGUGUAGCCAGAGGACAAUGUGAUACAACCUCAGAAGCAUUGGGGCGCCCACAGCACCCAUGCGGAAGACCAUGUCCGGUUCCUCAUGCAUGGCCCGGCGCCUCUGUCCCAGCCGCCCUCACCCUGUCUCGCUCUUCCUAUCCAAUGGGGUAAACAACUGCUCCUGAGGCUGCUCUUUGGGAGCUGUGCUGGCAGAGAGAUGGGACCCAGGAGGCCAGAAGUGAUGUAACUUUGAGGGUUGCUGACCGAGGUAUGUGUGUUUGUUGGGUGCAUUUUCCAUUUUUAGCAUAAACCCAAUGCCUGGUAUUAGCCAACAAAGUUUGUUGAAGGGAUAAAUGAAUCAUAGAUCAAAACACAGCAAAUACUUUUCUACUGUUGGUUUUGUUUUGUUCUUUUUAGGUUUGAGGUGGGAAACUCAUUUCACCAUAUUGUUGAGUUGCUCAGUCAUGUCUGACUCUUUGUAAACCUAUGGAUUGUAUCCUGCCAGACUCCUCUGUCCAUGGGAUUCUCCAGGCAAGAAUACUGGAGUGGGUUGCCAUUCCCUUCUCCAGGGGAUCUUCUCAACCCAGAGAUUGAACCCACAUCUCCUGCAUUGCAGGCAGAUUCUUUACUUCUGAGCCGCUGGGGAAGCCCUCUUUUACCAUGUAACUGUUUCGGAAGAAUUGUUGGAAAAGAAAUCCUGAUAGCGCUGGUCUGCAGCUCCUGGGCCUUGGUGGCCCGUGUAUGCAGUGCCGUGGUUUGGGCCUCAGGUCUGCCACUUUGCUGAGCGGGGCCUCCUCAGUGCCUGUGUGGGGCUCUGGACCCAAGGGCCCGAGAGGAGCUGCCAGUGGCUAAGCUGUGCCUGGUGGUGUCCACCUGGGGCUCAGUGUAGAAACGGCCUGAGACUCGGAGGUGACUCCACAGUCAUUUCACAUCUGUUAAAUCCCAGAGUAAUUUAAAACAUGGGGCAUGUAUUCUGUAUGUUUGUUUUACUUCAUCUUCUAGUGCUUUAGCAGCAUUGUAAACUGAUAAACUGAGACACACUGUAACUUGAAAAGUUUAUUUGUGCAAACACCAUUCCCAGUGGGGCUUGGUGGGGCCUCGGGCAGAGGUUUUUGUGGGCCAGACUCAGAAGUAGAGAAACUUUGUGAUUGUCUGUCUACACUGCAGUGCUCGCCUUAGCUGGCUGUUAGGUUCGUCAUUCUGGAGUCUCGUGUCUCAGAUUCAAGUGGAGUUCUAGUUUGUCUAGUGGGCUGUGACUGGGGGACCUGAGCCACCCAAUCUGGUGGCCACCUUGUUUCAUGACUGUUGUCACAUAUUGGUGGGUUCCCGGUGCCGUGUUGGAAGUUUAAGAAGACGUGGCGAAGCGGUAGGAGCUCUGUGUGUCUGUCCAGGGCCCCCUGUCCAUCCACCACAGGUCACCUUUGCCAUCCCCACCCGACCUUCCCCAAGCAUGAGAAGUAGCAGGAACUUUGUAGGUAGAGUUCUCUGAAAGCUGCUGGACUACACUUCAUGAGUUUGAACGGAGGUCUGUGCGUUGCUCUACCUGAGUGUGUUUUGUGAGCACAGUGUUAUUUUUGGAUUGAGGGCUUCUGAUUAUACGUUUUGCACAUGAAUACAAAUCAGACUAUAACUGAGCAGUGUGCUUUUAGGAAAUUACUCUAGUUUCUUUCUCUUCCUGUUAGUGGUGAAAGCUGUCACUCACCUACCUGGGCUUAGCUGUGUUAAGAGCAUGAGUUUCACUUUCCUGAAGAGCUUUCCUUUUCUUGUCAGACGUAGUUUAAAUAAAGUUAUUUAAGUUUGUAUUUGUAUUAUUAGUUUAUUCUCUUUUGUGCUCUAGAAACCAUCUUGUGUUGCCAUUUAACACCUGAAUGGAACAAUGUAUUUGAGUAUGUUUCUCAGACCUUGUUUUUCAAGUAAAGUUUAUUUUUAUUAUAAAAGUAAUAGAAGUUGGGAAACUGGCCAAAAACCCCAAAGUCCUACUAUCCAAAAAUAUGUCCAUUCACAAGCCUAUUGUGAAUUGUGCUUUUGCAAGUACUUCUUUUUUCUUUAAACAUACUGAAGGUGUGUGGAGACCUUGCCUUGAAUAGAUCUUCUGGCACCAUUUUUCCAGCAGCAUUUGCUCCCUUCACAUCUCUCUGUCACAUUUUUGUCAUUCUCAUGGUGUUUCAAACCUUUUCAUUAUUACUGUGUUUGUUACAGUGAUCUGUGACCAGUGGUCUUGAUGUUGUCAUGGUUUGGGGCAGGAGGUGGGGGGGCGGGCCGUGAACUUAAUAAUGUUGUGUGUGUUCUGCCUGCAUCACUGACUGCAGUUCCCCCAUCUCUUUCCUCAAGCCUCCCUGCUCCCUGACACACAAUAUUGAAAUUAGGCUAAUGAAUAUACUCUUGCCUGGAAAAUCCCAUGGAUGGAGGAGCCUGGUGGGCUGCCGUCCAUGGGGUCGCUAAGAGUCAGACACGACUGAGCAACUUCACUUUCCCUUUUCACUUUCAUGCAUUGGAGAAAGAAAUGGCAACCCACUCCAGUGUUCUUGCCUGGAGAAUCCCAGGGAUGUGGGAGCCUGAUGGGCUGCCGUCUAUGGGGUCGCACAGAGUCGGAUACGACUGAAGCGACUUAGCAGCAGCAGCAGCGUACCCCUCCAGUGGCCUCAGAAAGUUCAUGGGAGAGAAAGAGUACUCCUCUCUCACUUAAAAUAGAAAGACGUGAUUGAAGUCAAUGAGAAAGGUGGGUCAAAAGCGAAGACAGGCCUACAGCUGGGGUUCUUCCACUAAGCUGUUAGCCAAGCUGUGAACGCAAAGGAAAAGUUCUUGAAGGAAAUUAAAAGUGCUGCUUAGUGAACACACGGAAGAUGAGAGAGCGCCGUGCUUCAUUGUUGACGUGAAGGAAGUCUUAGCGUCUGGACAGAAGGUCAGCCUAGCCUCAGCACUCGCUGAAGACAACACCUAAUCCAGGGCAGCGCUAGAUUCACCGUGCUCCAUGAAGCUGCAGGUGCUUGUCCGGAGAUGUGGCUGAGAGAAUUCAUGAAGAUGAUUUAAAGAAAUAUGGCUGAAAACUUACCACAUUUGAGGAAAGACUUGCUUUUGCAAAUCUAAGAAUUUCACCAAAUUCCACAGCUCAGUGAAGUUCAGGAUAAACCCGGAGAGACCCCACCUUAGAGACACAUGAUAUUAAAGUGUCAGACUGUCAAAAAGAAAGCAGGAAGAGAAAGUGUGGUCUGUGCACUGUGGAAUAUCAUUCAGCCUUUAAAAAGGUGGAAGCUGACACCUGCUACACCACAGACAGGCUUCAAGGACGUUAUGCUGAGUGUAAUAAGACAGACACAGAAGGGCAGAUCCUCUGUGACUUCACACAUGUGAGGGCCCUCGUGUUGUCAUAUGUAGAGACAGGAGGUCGGAACGGGGCACAGAAGCUGGGGGUUAGUGACUCAUGGGACAGAGCCAGCUGGGGAAGAUGAGCAGCUCUGGGGUGCAUGGGGUGGUGUUUACACAAUGGCACGUGUGCACAUAACACUAGCAAACACUACACUUUUCCAAGUGGUUACAGUGGUACAUGUUACCUUAUGCAUAUUUAACCACAGUUUGAAAAUUAAAUAUAAAUGAACUUUUAUUGCUCAAAAAAAU